AUGACUCCGGUCACUAAUCUGUGGAUACUUGACUUCGCUGUUCUGUGGAUACUUGACUCUGGCCACUGUUCUGUGGCACAACGCAUCUGUCCAAGCACAGAACAAACCAUCAAUCCCGUCACAGAAAAAAUCAUCUGUCCAAUAACAGAACAAAUCAACUGUUCAAUCACAGAACAAAUCAUCUGUCCAAUCACAGCACAACGCAUCUGUCCAAGCACAGAACAAACCAUCAAUCCCGUCACAGAAAAAAUCAUCUGUCCAAUAACAGAACAUAUCAACUGUCCAAUCACAGAACAAACCAUCUGUCCAAUCACAGCACAACGCAUCUGUCCAAUCACUGAACAAAUCAUCUGUCCAAUAACAGAACAAAUCACUUGUCCAAUCAAAGAACAAAUCAUCUGUCCAAUCACAGAAAAAAAAAUCAUCUGUCCAAUCACUGAACAAAUCAUCUGUCCAAUCACAGCACAAAUCCCCUGUCCAAUCACAGAACAAAUCCUCUGUCCAAUCACAGAACAAAUCAUCUGUCCAAUCACAGAAAAAAAAUCAUCUGUCCAAUCACUGAACCAAUCAUCUGUGCAAUCACAGAACAAAUCAUCUGUCCAAUCACAGAACAAAUCAUCUGUCAAAUCACAGAACAAAUCAUCUGUCCAAUCACAGAAAAAAAUCAUCUGUCCAAUCACUGAACCAAUCAUCUGUCCAAUCACUGAACAAAUCUCCUGUCCAAUUACUGAACAAAUCAUCUGUCAAAUUACUGAACAAAUCAUCUGUCCAAUCACAGAACAAAUCAUCUGUCCAAUCACAGGACAAAUCACCUGUCCAAUCACAGAACAAAUCACCUGUCCAAUCAGUGAACAAAUCAUCUGUCCAAGCACAGAAGAAAGCAUCAAUCCCGUCAUAGAAAAAUCAUCUGUCCAAUCACAGCACAAAGCUUCUAACAAAUCAUCUGUCCAAUCACAGAACAAAUCAUCUGUCCAAUCAAAGAACAAAUCUCCUGUCCAAUCACAGAACACAUCAUCUGUCCAAUCACAGAACAAAUCAUCUGUCAAAUCACAGAACAAAUCAUCUGUCCAAUCACAGAACAAAUCUCCUGUCCAAUCACAGAACACAUCAUCUGUCCAAUCACAGAACAAAUCAUCUGUCCAAUCACUGAACAAAUCAUCUGUCCAAUCAAAGAACAAAUCAUCUGUGCAAGCACAGAGCACAUCAUCUGUCCAAUCACAGCACAAAGCAUCAAACAAAUUUCCUGUCCAAGCACAGAACACAUCAUCUGUCCAUUCACAGAACAAAUCUCCUGUCCAAGCUCAGAGCACAUCAUCUGUCCAAUCACAGCACAAAGCAUCUGUCCAAUCACAGCACAAAGCAUCUGUCCAAGCACAGAACACAUCAUCUGUCCAAUCACAGAACACAUCAUCUGUCCAAUUACAGAACAAAUCUCCUGUCCAAUCACAGAAUAAAUCAUCUGUCCAAUCACAGAACAAAUCACCUGUCCAAUUACUGAACAAAUCAUCUGUCCAAUCACAGCAUAAAGCAUCUGUCCAAUCACAGCACAAAACAUCUGUCCAAUCACUGAACAAAUCUCCUGUCCAAUCACAGAGCACAUCAUCUGUCCAAUCACAGAACAAAUCAUCUAUCCAAGCACAGAGCACAUCAUCUGUCCAAGCAAAUAACAAAUCAUCUGUCCAAUCACUGAAAACAUCACCCUGUCCAAGCAAAGAACAAAUCAUCUGUCCAAUCACAGCACAAACACAGAACACAUCAUCUGUCCAAUCACAGAACAAAUCUCCUGUCCAAGCUCAGAGCACAUCAUCUGUCCAAUCACAGCACAAAGCAUCUGUCCAAGCACAGAACACAUCAUCUGUCCAAUCACAGAACAAAUCUCCUGUCCAAGCACAGAGCACAUCAUCUGUCCAAUCACAGCACAAAGCAUCAGUCCAAUCACAGCACAAAGCAUCUGUCCAAUCACUGAACAAAUUUCCUGUCCAAGCACAGAACAAAUCACCUGUCGAAUCACAGAACACAUCAUCUGUCCAAUUACAGAACAAAUCUCCUGUCCAAUCACAGAACACAUCAUCCGUCCAAUUACUGAACAAAUCAUCUGUCCAAUUACUGAACAAAUCAUCUAUCCAAUCACAGAACAAAUCAUCUAUCCAAGCACAGAGCACAUCAUCUGUCCAAGCAAAUAACAAAUCAUCUGUCCAAUCACUGAAAACAUCACCUGUCCAAGCAAAGAACAAAUCAUCUGUCCAAUCACAGCACAAAGUAUCUGUCCAAUCAUCGAACAAAUCACAUGUACAAUUACUGAACAAAUCAUCUGUCCAAGCACUGAACAAAUCUCCUGUCCAAUCACAGAACACAUCAUCUGUCCAAUCACAGAACAAAUCACCUGUCGAAUCACAGAACACAUCAUCUGUCCAAUUACAGAACAAAUCUCCUGUCCAAUCACAGAACACAUCAUCUGUCCAAUCACAGAACAAAUCAUCUGUCCAAGCACAGAACACAUCAUCUGUCCAAUCACAGAACAAAUCUCCUGUCCAAGCACAGAGCACAUCAUCUGUCCAAUCACAGCACAAAGCAUCAGUCCAAUCACAGCACAAAGCAUCUGUCCAAUCACUGAACAAAUUUCCUGUCCAAGCACAGAACAAAUCACCUGUCGAAUCACAGAACACAUCAUCUGUCCAAUUACAGAACAAAUCUCCUGUCCAAUCACAGAACACAUCAUCCGUCCAAUUACUGAACAAAUCAUCUGUCCAAUUACUGAACAAAUCAUCUAUCCAAUCACAGAACAAAUCAUCUAUCCAAGCACAGAGCACAUCAUCUGUCCAAGCAAAUAACAAAUCAUCUGUCCAAUCACUGAAAACAUCACCUGUCCAAGCAAAGAACAAAUCAUCUGUCCAAUCACAGCACAAAGCAUCUGUCCAAUCACUGAACAGAUCUCCUGUCCAAGCACUGAACACAUCAUCUGUCCAAUCACAGAACAAAUCAUCUGUCCAAUCACUGAACAAAUCAUCUGUCCAAUCACAGCACAAAGCAUCUGUCCAAUCACAGCACAAAGUAUCUGUCCAAUCAUCGAACAAAUCACAUGUACAAUCACUGAAAACAUCACCAGUCCAAGCAAAGAACAAAUCAUCUGUCCAAUCACAGCACAAAGCAUCUGUCCAAGCAUAG